AUGGCUCCACCGGUUAUGAUCUGGGCAACAGCCUUGCUUCUUCUCCCCGCGCUCUCCAUCUCGAGUCCUGUGAUAUCGUUCCCAAUCAACUCCCAGGUUCCUCCCGUCGCCAGGCUGGGGGGGCCAUUCUCCUUCGUCUUCUCGCCAUCCACAUUCUCGUCCGGCUCUCCGAUGACUUACGCCCUUUCCAAUCCUCCUGCGUGGCUUUCCAUCGACAGUGAUGCACGGCGGUUGUUUGGGACUCCCAAGCAAGACGACAUUGUACCGGGGGUUGCGAGCGGCGUGCCCCUGAAUCUGGUGGCCACAGAUGACUCUGGGUCAACAACACUCGCUGCGACCCUCGUGGUCUCAGCGAGUCCCGGCCCCAGAGUAAAGAUCCCCCUUCAGAAUCAAGCCCCCGAUUUCGGCACGUUUUCUAGCCCAUCAGCUAUUCUAUCCACACCGGGGAAGAGCUUCUCGUUCAAACUCGAUCCGAAUACGUUUUCCAACCCCCCUGGCGCCGUUCUCAACUACUAUGCCACCAUGGCCGACAAUACACCACUCCCGGCUUGGGUAUCCUUCGACUCGCACAGUCUCUCCUUCACUGGUCAAACGCCGCCGGCGGAUUCCCUCGUGCAGUCUCCGCAACACUUUUCCUUUCGAGCAAUCGCAACCGAUGUGGUCGGCUUCGCAGGAGCAGCUCUGGAUUUUGACAUUGUCGUUGGGAGUCACCAGCUCGCUGCGGACAAAACCACCGUUGUCUUGAAUACCACACGCGGGGCCUUGCUAUCUUAUGCUGGACUAAGAAGCACUGUCAAGGUUGAUGGAAAACUCGCAGCUCCCGGUAGUGUGGUGAUUGUUGCCACGCCUAAUAUCCCUGACUGGCUUACUUUCGACAAAAACACCUGGCACCUGACUGGCGUUCCGCCCAGUGCUGCAAAGUCCGCCAACUUCAUUAUUACACUACGAGAUACGUUUUCCAAUAACCUGAAUUUGACGGUUUUGGUUGACGUAGCGAGUAGCGAGUCCAACAUAUUCACCACCCGGCCCCCCAAGCUUGCUCUCACCGCUGGCGAACCGUUCUCCUUUAACCUUCGGCCAUAUUUGCUGAAUCCUCGCGACAGGGAGGUUUCUCUUGAGACAGACCCUAACUCUCCCUGGGUUCAGUUUGAUCCUGGCUCGAUCACUCUCUUUGGCGAUGUUCCGGAGGGGUUAGGAGAUUCCUCGGUUGCCGUCAAAAUUAUGGCCAAGUCGAAGAAGUCCAGGAAGUCAGCUUCCCUAUCCUUUGAGGUGGUUAUCCGCCGUGCGUCGAGCGGCAACGGGCCAACAUCCGCAAAUUCCACGUCAACUAGUAGCAACUUCAACCCGGUGCUGUUGGCGGUUCUUCUCCCGCUUCUGCUCCUGCUUUCCUUGGCUGUCUGCGCACUUUUCUGGUACUUCCGUCGACGAAAGAAUCCCAGGAAGCCCGCUCUCAGCACCCGUGACAUAUCAGGCCCUCUCCCUGGGAACUUUGUGACAAAGUCUGAUGGCCCGCAUACUUCUCACUCCCUCCCGGACCUCUCAAAAGGCUUCGGCAAGAGCUUUUCGGCCGAUGACGUUUUCGGGUCCGAAAAGAAGGGUUAUUUCAAUUCACGAACCGUCUUUCUGACAAGACCGGAACUUUCUCGGCCAGGAGGAGGGGUAAAAUCACUUCCGUCUCGCAACAAACCUGCCCCUGAGUCUGGUAAUUCAGAAGAAGGCGUCAGUCUUCCGGCCAUUGUCAGUGGAGCUUUGAGCACAUUGCGUUCGGGGACACGAGGUAAAGUUAACAGCUCACUAAGUUCCAUUACCGAGAAAAGUAUUGGCGACCUGGUCGAUUCUCGUGGGCUCGAGUCGGUUGGGAGUGACAGUCGGCAGACAUUCAGGGACAGAAUCGAAAUCAACGUGCCCGAAUUUCUACAAACCCCUGGUUUGCCAUAUACGGCUUCGCCAUCACCCACAGAGACCGCCUCAAAUCAUCGGCCCGGUUCAUCUCAAACGGCUCCAGAGAUGGCCGUGGUGCCCCUCAGGUUAGACUCAAGGGCGCCAUAUCACCCAAUUGCGCCGGCGGCUCGGAAACUGUCCUGGCCAUGGCUCAAAGGAAUCAAGGGGAAACGGUACGGCACCAAACUUGUGCUAGGAAUGCAAAGGUUGAGCGAGCAACCUAGCUUGCUGGCGGUUGACACAUUCACUUCCGAGGUUACCGAACAGCCAUCAUCAACUACCCUGACCAUGCAAGAGAACGAUCCAAACGGGGUGGCGGCCCUAGGGCCAGAGACACUCCCACUCCCGCAGUUUCCUCGCCGAGCCCCCCUCAGCCGGCCGCCGACUAGGACCGGGCCAAUCGGGAGCGGAGCCCGCGGGCACCUGGGCACAGAACCACUGCACACAAGUGAUACGACAACCACCUUACCGACUCCGAUCCCGAGCCUUCUCGACGUGGACGAUGACCCCACGUCCGGCUUUUCAAUCCGCGAGGGGGCCCCUACUGGUUCUCUGGAUAUUUACGACGGCGCCACGGGCAACAACCUUUUCCGUCCGUCCAGGACGUGGUCGACAGUCCCCACCGCAGACGAGUGGGCGGAUGAGACGGUCGAGAGCCUGGCCUUAAGUCGAUCCACGUCCCAGCCGCAACAGAACUGGACGGUAUUCCAGGAAUCGCCCGCCGUCACAAGCCGCGAUACGGCUACAUCGAUGAAGUUACCGGAAAUUGCGUCUUCGGCGAGAAUGCCUGAGAGGGAGGAAGGGGGCGAAGAUGAAGAGAAAGAAGGCCAGGGGGUUGCAGUGGAGGCAUCGGUUGGGCCCUCCUCUCAGGGGAUUGCUCCGACAGUUCGGCCAGGAGAAGAGAAGAUGCAGGAAAGGUCGGGGUUGACACGGAAAAGUCAGUCUAACGGAGUUUCUUUACGGUCAGCAGGGAGUAGGUCGGAUUAUGCCGUGUUCAUAUGA